UUUUCAUGCUUGUUUAUUUACUUCUGACUUGUGAUUGAACGAACAACUAAACCUGGAAUUUUGGGGCUUUAUUAUACCAAAUUUUGUCUAAUAAACUUUUUAACCAAUGACGACCGAAGAAAAUUCAGAUUCCGGACCCAGUGCAAGUAACACAUCAAGUAUAGAGUCCAAACACAAACCUUCUAAAAGAGGUAUAAUUUAUCUCUCCACAAUUCCUCCUUAUAUGAACGUUACUAAAAUUAGGGAGAUAUUUGGACAGUUUGGAAAAGUGGGAAGAGUAUACUUGCAGCUUUCAGAAAAAGAAUCAGCACUUCAAGAUAAAAAGAAAGAAAGCAAACGAAAAAUAGCAAAAAAAUUCACAGAAGGUUGGGUUGAAUUCGAAAAAAAAGUCGUAGCAAAAAGGGUAGCAUCUCUAUUAAACCAAACCCAAGUCAGCACAAGAAAAAAAUCAAAACAUUAUGACUGCCACUGGAAUAUAAAAUAUCUUUCAAAUUUUAAAUGGACACAUUUACAUGAGAGACUUGCAUAUGAACGAGCAGCAAGAAGCAAGAAACUUAAAGCAGAAAUUACCCUUGCUAAGAAGAAGACUAACUUCUUCACAGCUAAUCUGGACAAAAAGAAGAAAAAUGUGGAUGUUGUAAAUAAGGAGUUUGAGAAUAUGGAUGAUAUAGCCACUGAGGCUGGCAUAGAUGUCGAAGAGGACAAGAAGGAGAGCAGAAAUGAGUUUUUGCAAUCAUUAUUUUCAUAAUGUUUAGGGUAUGACUUGUACAUAACUAUCAGUAAAAAUAUUUUUUUAAGGUUUA